AUGUCUAUGAGCAAAGUGUACAGAGAUAAUCGAAGGGUGCCGCCUAUUAUUGCGCUUGUUACGAUAUGUCUGCUCUGGUGGUUUAUGGACCCUUCCGCGAGAUCUAACGUACCAUCGUGGAAUGGCGCAGCACUGCCCGCUGAGGGCGGAAGCAAUGAAGGCGUUACACACUCAACCCUGGAUGAUGCUGUACAAUCACAGAGUCCAGGCCGUGACGACGCAAAAACUUUGACGGAUGACGACGUCCUGCUCAUCCUAAAGACGGGAUCAACAGUGCUCUGGAGGAGACUGCCCAUCCAUCUUUCUACGACUCUCGCACCAAACCGUGUCAAGCCUAAUGGUACGGUCAUAUACUCAGACGCAACAGCUAAGAUAGGCACCCACAACGCCAUCGACAUCCUGGCACAGUUGCCCAAAUCCGUGAAGGACUCUCCAGCCUUCGAGCUGUAUCACGCCAUUCGAGACUGGGAUGAGACCAACUACUACCUUGAGCAGACAGGCCUACCCGGCGACGUCGACUUCCAAGAAGGUCCCCCAGGAGGUUGGCGGCUGGACAAGUACAAAUUCCUCCCUAUGAUCCAGCACGCCGGGAAGGAAUGGCCGCAUGUAAAGUGGUACAUAUACACAGAGGAUGACACCUACUUGUUCCUGCCGAACAUCCUGUUGUACCUAUCCGAGUUCGAUCACAGCCAGAGCCACUACAUUGGUGGGCUCGGUGAGAAGCUGGGCACAACCUUCGCUCACGGUGGCUCUGGUUUCGCGCUCUCCCGUGGUGCAUGGGAGAAAUCUUUCGGUCGAGGCGGGGAUCUAGUCACCAAGUACCAGGGCUUUGUGGAAGAGGCUUGCUGCGGCGACUACGCUUUAGGCAAGGUGCUCAACGACUAUGGAGUCUGGUUUGGGGACGACAAGGACGACAGGACUGAUGGAGGCUCAUGGGGCUUCAAUGGACUGCCUCAUUGGAAGAUCGAGUUUUCCAGGGAGAAUUGGUGUAAGCCGGUUCUCACAUGGCACCACGCCCACAGCCGUGAUAUUGCUCGGUAUUAUGAGCUAGAGCAAUCCUGGGACUUCAGUGUGAGUUAA